AAUUGUUUAGCUGGUGGCGCAGGAGGGCUUAAAAGGCAAAAAAAGAAGAAAGAUGAAUGGAACUCAAGUAGUGAAGAAAAUGAUGAUGAUUUAGAUGAUUUUGUUGUAGAUGACGACGACGAUGAUCUUGAGGUUCAGGAAGUUGAGAGUUGCGAUGAUUCUUUGGAGGUGUUGGAGGACUUGCCGAAGAAAACUGCGCCUGAAAAGCCAAAGAAACCGACAUCGAGAAGCAAAAAAGAAAAGCCUCAGUCAAAGUCGAUAAUGAAUUAUUUUAAAAAAUCUGAAGCUAGCAAGGCUUCAUCUAAAAAGCCACAAGAGGAUUUAAACAGCAGUGAUAGCGAUGAUGACGUGAAGGUUGAACACAUUCCGGCUAUUCGGGAAAAUACAAGGAAGCGUGCUCCAGCGAAAUAUAACUUUGGUGAUUAUUCGGAAGAUUCAGAUGUUGAAGUGAUUACUAAAAAAAGGCGAGGGAAGAAAAUAGAAAGUGAUGAUGAUUUUUGUCUGAGUGAUUAA